AUGGCGUGUGGCUUCCUUCUGCACCUCGAGAGUGGCAGGUUCCAGCGCGGCGACUGGCCGGGGCCAGCUCGGCUCCUCGGCCCGACCCCCGCCUCGCUGGCGUCGCUCCCGGAGCCCCCAGCGCCCCGCCCGCCGGCCCCUAUCCCGGGCCGGGAGCUGGCGAGACCGGGCCCGGGAGCCCCGGGGGGCCACCGCGUCUACGUACGCCGCUGGCUCUUCCUGCUGGUGGUCAGCCUGCUCAGCUGCUCCAACGCCACGCUGUGGCUCAGCUUCGCACCCGUGGCCGACAUAGUAGCCCAGAGCUUCUUUCUCUCCGUGGACCAGAUCAACUGGCUGUCUUUGGUCUACCUGGUGGUGUCUAUCCCAGCCGGACUGGUGGCCAUCUGGUUUCUGGACACUGUCGGGCUCCGAUGGGCUACCGUCCUGUGUGCAUGGCUGAACUUUGCUGGGAGCGUGCUGCGUGCCCUGCCCUGUGUGGUCCCCAGGACCCAGGACCCCUUUGCCUUUCUCAUGACGGGACAGAGUCUCUGUGCCCUGGCCCAGACCCUAGUCAUCUUCUCUCCAGCCAAGCUGGCUGCACUGUGGUUUCCUGAGCACCAGCGAGCCACAGCCAACAUGAUCGCCACCAUGUCAAACCCCCUGGGCAUCCUGGUGGCCAACCUGCUAUCACCUGCUCUAGUCAAGAAGGAGGGAGACAUCCCCAUCAUGAUGGGCAUCUACAUUGUCCCUGCUGGCCUUGCCUGCCUGCUGGCCACCAUGUGCCUCUGGGAGAGCGUGCCACCCACCCCACCCUCUGCAGGGGCCUCCUGCUCCACUUCACAGUUCUUGGUGGGACUGAAAUUGCUCUCAAGGAAUAGAGCCUACAUCCUGCUGGCCAUCUGCUUUGGGGGAGCCAUUGGGAUCUGCACCACUUUCUCAGCCCUCCUGGAACAGGUGCUCUGUGUCAACGGCUAUUCCAAUGACUUGGCGGGGCUCUGCGGGGCUCUGUUCAUUGCCUUUGGGAUCCUGGGAGCACUGGUGCUCGGCCUCUAUGUGGACCGCACCAAGCACUUCACUGGCGCCACCAAGAUCGGCCUCUGUCUCACCUCCGUGGUCUGCGUGGCAUUUGCCCUGGUGUCCCAGCUGCGAGGACAGGCUCUCGCUCUGGCUGCCAUCUGCUCACUGCUUGGGUUCUGUGGCUUCUCCGUGGCGCCCGUGGCUAUGGAGCUUGCGGUUGAGUGCUCCUUCCCUGUGGGUGAGGGGGCCGCCGCAGGCCUGAUCUUCGUGAUGGGGCAGGUGCAGGGGGUGGCCAUCAUGCUGCUACUGUCCACCUUGGCUGUGCGUCGUGCAGGCCCGUCCUACUCCACUUGUCAGGAUGGUCAGGACCCCCUGGACUGGAGUGUGUCCAUGCUGCUGAUGGCUGGCCUGUGCACCCUCUUCAGCUGUGUCUUAGCGCUCUUCUUCCACACUCCAUACCGGCGCCUGCAGGCAGAGGCCAGAGCAAGCUCCUCUAUUCAGAGUGACGAUGCAGGUCCAGCAACCACGGAAAACCCUCACGCCUAG